UUUUAGGAGAUGACAAUGACAUAAUCAAAAUGUUAUCAUAUCACUGAUUUUGGGAAAAAGUCGGAUCAAAAUUUUAGUGAAAAGAAAUGUUUAAUAUUCCAGUAUCGGGUACACAAUCAUGUUUUCAUACAGUAUUUAAUGUUAUUCGUGGAGUUUUUGUGGAAAUGGUGGAAGAAAUGCAUUACAUGGAGCAAUUUUUUAUUAAAUUGCAAAACAUUUAUGCCUUCAUUUGUCAAAUGUGCUUUUUCAUACUGUGUCAACUAUACCUGGAACAUCCAAACAUGCUCGAACUAAAAACAGACCGCAGUGUCGUUAUGGCAUUAACAACAAUUCUUUUUUACUCCGUGAUGUCCUAUUUCGUAACUAGGAUAAAGGAUAUAUGCGCAAAUAACCGCGUACGAAGUAUUGACACGACCAGAUCCUUCAGAAAUUACACGAAAUGGAUCUGCAAAAUAAUCCUGGAAUGGCUCAAGGCGAUAGUCGUUGUAAUAUGUCUUAAAGAGCAAGGAAUAAACUACGAACCUUCAUUACAGUACAGCUUAUUGACCUUUGGGUAUUUCAUGUGUACCGAAAAAAUAUUUAUAGAAAUAUUCCCGAGAGCUAUGGAGUAUCUGGAGUUGAAUGCUUUGGAGAAUUUGGAACACAUGUAUAUCCCGCUAAUAAUGAACAUGGCAGCAAUUGCAGCAGGAUUAAUAGUCAGCUUUUACACUGUAUCGGUAGAAUACUACCCAUUUGUUAUGUUUAGUGUCUACUUCCUAAUAUAUCUCCGCUGUAAGGACGCUUAUUACAACUAUUGGGAGUGCAUCGUAACGGAAAAGGAGACUUACUCGAGUUUUCGCACUGCUACAGAGAGGGACAUCAAAAAGUGGAACGAUAUUUGUGCAGUUUGUCUGAAUCGGAUGAGCAGGGCUAGAAUCACCCCUUGCAACCACUUGUUCCAUCCCUUUUGUUUGAAGCAAUGCCUGAGGAAUUCGUAUUUCUGCCCGUUGUGCAAACAACAUUUUAUUGAUACGCAUGUUAAUAAAUAACAAUAAAUGUUUGUAAAUUUGUUUUUUUAAUUAAAGUAAUAAAACAAAUAGUCACUGU